UGAUUUACAUUGAUAAUGAGCUUGUUAGAAAAUUGUUACUUCCACUCAGGGUUCCUGGGCCUGAGGCAGUGCAGGACUCCUAUAAAAGGCAGCCCAACUAUCUGCUCUCUCAUUCAGUUCUCUCGCCUCCUUCUCCUUGGGAAUCAGGUGAACCUUGGUCCCAGAGACAUGUCCUGCUGCAACCCAUGCGUGCCCUGCCAGCCCUGUGGCCCGACCCCACUGGCCAACAGCUGCAAUGAGCCCUGUGUCAGGCAGUGCCAGAGCUCCAAUGUUGUCAUCCAGCCCUCCCCUGUGGUGGUGACCCUGCCCGGCCCCAUCCUCAGCUCCUUCCCACAGAACACCGUUGUGGGCUCCUCCACCUCCGCUGCUGCUGGCAGCAUCCUCAGCCGUGACGGAGUCCCUAUCAACUCUGGGGGCUUUGACCUCUCCUGCAUUACCAGCCGCUACUGUGGCAACAGAUGUCAACCCUGCUAAAGCUGCUGGGAACUUUCAUGAGCAAGAGCUCCCAAGACCCAGGAACAUGGUCCUUGAAAUGAGAUAGAGCUUCAUGGCAUUGCAUUCAGAACUUUGAAACAAUGUUUCCUUCUUCCACUUGUGUGUCUUUCUCUAGCUUUCCUGUGCUCUUUCUGUCUCCCAAAGCCACACUAGUGGGAGCAGUUGGCUUCCCUACUUUUGCAGGGCAGGUAGACUGACUCCCUGCUGGAAUUUAACUACAUGCUUGUGGCUGCCCAUGGUGUUCCAUGUGAGCCACCUCCUUUUUUUUCUUAAGACUCAAUAAAGUUGUGCUGCAUCUAA